AUGUCCUCUCAUUUCAACAUCACUCCACAAAAGAUAACAACUUUACCACAAAACCCAUCUGAAUUCAUUCAAGAAGCUGAUCAAUUAGUUGAUUCAAUUAGCUCUAAAUGGUCCAAGACUAAAACUUACAAUUAUACUCUUGAUGAUUCAUCUAAUGAGAAUGUUACAACAUAUCAUACAAAAUUUAAAUCAGAACAUUGGGUUGCUCGUAUAAGUCAACAUUCAUCAACCAAGUAUCCAUUCCAAAGAGUAUUACAUUAUCUUUUAGGUAUUGAUUCAGAAAAUCAAAUUACUGAUAUUUCAUUACAUACAAAAUAUGAAGAAGAAUAUAUUAAAGUAUUGAAUAAAUGGGAAAUUGUACCAUUAGAAUCAUACCCUGAAUAUGAAUCAUUAUUAAACAAAGAUCAUUUAAAGAAUUGGUAUUCAGUUAAAGCUGAAUAUGAAUUAGGUGCACCUUUGAAAACUAGACAAUUUGAUGAAUUAAUCUUUAUUCAACCACCAACUACAACAACAACCAAUACACCAGGUGUUAAAGGAUAUGUUAUUUCAUUAGUUGCAGAUGAUUCAUCAUGUGAACCAAAUGUUCGUGGUGUUUAUUCUUCUAUAGAAAGAAUUGAAUUAAAAGAAGAUGGUAAAUGGGAAUGGAUAAUGUGUACUACAAGUGAUGCUGGAGGUUCUGUACCAAAAUGGUUACAAAAUUCAAUGAUUAGUAAAAGUGUUGCAAUUGAUGUUCCUGGAUUUUUAAAUUGGUUUAAUGAGAAGGAGAAAAAUGAUAAUUAG